GUGGCGCCUGCUGGACGCCCAGCCGGGCCGCGUGGUGCCUCUCCGCGUCAUCACGCCCACCCGCCAGGCCAUGCUGGCCGUGCCUGCAGACGCCUCCGUCGACUCGCUCAAGGCCAUCCUGGAGCGUGAGCUGGGCAUCCCGCGCGCCGAGCAGCAGCUGUGCAGGGAUUGGGCCGGCGCCGUGCCGCGGGGGCUGUUUCCGGCCACCCUGCACGUGUGCGGCGAGCAGCGGGCGGGGCCCACGGUGUGGCUGCAGGUGCGGCACGGGCAGGGCCAGACGCUGGUGGUGGCGCAGUCCGCCGACAAGCUGCAGGCCGUGCUGGACAAGGUGCCGGGCCACAUCGACCACGUGCACGGCCUGUUCCGGGACGGCGAGGAGCUGCGUCUGGACCGCACGCUGUCGGACCACGGGCUGGCCUGCCUCCACUCCCUCGAGAUGCGGGAGCGCGGCUGCGUGCGCGCACUCAUCGACGCGCCGGCGGGCUUCGUUUGUCCCGACACAAUGUGCACCUCGGUGCUGGUGGGCUUUGACCCGGAGGACACGGUGGAGGAGCUUUGCAAACGGGCCGCCUUCAAGAUCGGCGGAGCGAUCCUGGACCAGUACCGCAUCAAUCCCAGCUUCUCGCUGUUCCUUCGCGGCAAGGAGGUGGCCGGCGAUCGCUUGGUUGUGGACUGCAACCUGACUGGCCGCGGGGUGCGGCUGUCCAUGCGGAAGAGAUUGCCGUUCCCUGACUUGGCGAUAGAGAUUUACGUCAAGCAACUCACUGGCAAGAUAACCACGCUGCACUGCCGGCAAUCUGAUACCAUAGAAAUGGUGAAGCAGGCGAUCAUGGCCUCAGAAGGUGUUCCGCCCGACCAACAGAGACUCAUUUUCGCCGGCCGUCAAUUUUUGGAGGCCUGCACCCUCCUCGACUACGGCGUUGGGCAUCGGUCGACCAUUCACCUGGUACUGCGUCUGUGCGGUGGCGGCAGCCACACUGCCUGGGCGCGAGGGGAGCUGGCUGCGGACGAGGACGCUGCGGCCCCGGAGGGCGCUGAGCCCGUCCCCGCCCCGCCUGCCCAGCCGCAGCGGGCCGCCACCCAGCUGGCGGUGGGCAGGAUCCUGUCCGGAGAGGUCGUCCCGCCCCCGGAGACGGUCGGCUGCCGAUUCGUGGUGCGGUGGCAAAGCAGCGUCAAACUCCAGUUUGACGUGUUUGUGCAAGAGCAGAAGGCGUGAUGCUGUUGAGCCGUCUCAGUACUCAAUGUUGUACUCAAUGUACUUUUGGUAAAACGUGCUUUUUAUCUAACUUUUUCAUUGUAACGAUGCGCACUUCUGUUGACCACAGAUAUUUUUAUGUGCUUGGUCCUGAUUUAGUACCGUAAGCUUUGUAUGUCUCUUUUGUUUGCUGUGCUGAAAAAAAAGCCGCCUUUGUUUGAGAAGAGCGAACCUUUCAAAUAUAUCUACUCUGAUAAGAGUAAA